UAAGAAAAGGCACCAGGCCACUCUCCGGGCUUUUGUUUCAGUUGUUGGUUGUAGACGUCUUCAAACAGAAGAGGCGAGAGCAGGAGACGCACGAAAGAUGUUUGCGAAAGCCACUAAGAACCUGGUCUCUGAGAUCGACACCGAUGGCUCCCUGAUCUCAGUGUCCCGUCUGAAUGACUCGGAUGGUCUGGCUCCUCUGGCUCUGGUCAUCAAGAGAAACCGCUACUGGUUUUGGCAAAACCCCAAGUACCUAAUAUCAGACUUCAAACUAAAUGAUGUUCUUGUUGGAGAUCCCAUAAAUCCAGCUGUGGUUGAAACUGAUUUUUUGACCUAUAAUGGCAAAGUUGUGGGUAACAAAAGUGGAAGUGCCACAGCAGAAAUUGGGCCGGGAACCAUCAAUGUGGGGGGUUCCGGCUCCAGCAAACUUCAGUCGUCGUUUGGAAACCUAAAGAAACAGGAAGUGGAUAUCCAGAAGCUCUUACAGGACUCCAAAUCUAGAGUUCUGGACCUGAAGCACUCUCUGAUCAAGCAGACACGGGAGUCUCAGAGGGAGGUGCUGACGCUCGUGAAGGAGCGAAUCAUCACCGCUCAGCCCUGCACCGUCACCGAGGAGGUUCAGGAAGCUGGUACCUGCACUGGAAUGUUUGGGUUCAAUACGACUGUAAAGGUGUCAGUCAACGAUAAAGGGAAGUCUAUUGUUGAGUACGACACUAAUGUGUCUAUCAACAUUCCCACCAAAACCACCAUUGCUUAUAGCGUCAUUGAACUAGAAGUUGCUCAAACUGGACAGUACGGACUGUGCUUGCUGCCAAAUAUCAAGGGUGGUUUUGAAGUUGACGGGCCAGUGAAGGUGAAGGAAGUAAGCACGCUUAGUGCUGCUCCAGGGAAAACAACCAACAAACUGCAGAAAGACCUGGAAGGACUUCAGGGGCAGUUUACGGCUCUCUCUAAACUCCCGUCCAGCACACGCACUUUAUUAUUCGAGCAGAUCUCUCAGCUCCUGGAGAACAGCGUAGCCAUCAGCAUGUUGGAGGACACAUUAGAGGACCUGUGCGGUGGGACGCAGCCUGAUCCCAGUCUAUUAGAUAAAGUACCUGCCCUGAAGACCACAGUUAAGCUUGUACAGAAGACUGCUGGAACUAACCCCUCUGAAAAGCAGAAGAAAGCCAGCGCUCUGACUGCCACCCAUCUGCUCCUCAGCUCCUUAGAAGAGAUGACCGACUCUGCCCUGCUCCGGCUCAAAUCCUGCUGCAGUUACGCAACCCUGCAAGCUUUGCUUCAUCUUGUGCAUAUGAUGACUUCAAGUAAGAAGUCUUCUCUGAAGGAUGCUGCUUUGGCUGCGCUGACCGAUGAGCAGGUUUUCAAGGAGGUAACGUCACUCUUUGCUUCCUGUAACGUGACGCUGCUUAAGGAGAAGGAUUCAGUGCUUACAAAAAUCAGCAACCCACAGGAUCGCCUUCCUCUCAUGCUGUGCAUCGCUGUUAAAGGCUUGGCAUCUCUAGUGCCCCCUGUCUGACUCUAGUACAACAGCAAAGAAAAAAUAUCUGAUGUAAGAUGAGGACCAAAGGGCACUGAAGCAGUGGACAAUCAACAAAAAAUUGGAU